AUGAAAAAGAAGCUUAAAGAGCUUCCAGUCUUCGUAAACUAUCGACCACCUGAAGAAGCUCCAAUUAACAAAAUCUUUAAGUCUCAUUUUGAAGAUGGAAAGAGAAUGUGCGGACGACCAAAUAUUUCCUGGAAGGAAGCUGUUGAUAGAGAUAGCAUAGCAUUUGGUAUUAGCUAUGGCAGAGUCAGAGUCUUUUUCAGACGACAACUAAGCGAGGCUAUGGAUCACAAUUGA